AUGGAGCCUCUAUUUGAGGACUUCCGCAAUGCCUACAAGAGUCGGUCUGGGUACUCUCUUGCGCAGACACUUCAGCCAUUCAGUCCAGUCAACAAGCCGGAUAAGCUACGGUCCAUCUAUCUGAGCACCAACGUCCAAGAAGCCAAGAGCGACAUCAAGUACAUGCUCCUCGGUCGGGGUCCGGGAUCUAAGAAGUUCAAGCUCGAUCAUGAGGAGACUACAGGCUGGAUAGAAGUCUACACAGCGUACUGGAAAGCCAUAGGCGAGAUUCUCAAAGCAGAGGGCGACUCCGCUGCUGGAGGUAGGACUUCAUCAUGGACCAAGGUGUAUGAGUCUUGGAAAGAAUUCACCACUGCUCUCAUCCGAGGCUACACUAAUUAUGGCUUCGAGGCGUGGACAAUUCCGUGCCUCUACCUUGCUGGCAAGCACUUGCGACUCUUCGCCAUCAGCUCGGACGAGGAGCGGAGCAUCACCGAUGCCACUGCAGAUGCAAUGGAGCUUGCUGAUGACUACGAUCCGGACUUGGAAAAGCAGAAGCAGCUGCGAGACUGCGAGCAGCAGCUCAAGCGUAUCUUUACUCUGUGUUUGAGCGAUAGAGCACCUCUCGAAGAAUCGCGAAAGUGGGCUAUUUACUACAUUAUUAAUCUGCUCUUCAAGACCUACUUCAAACUCAACUCGGCGAGUUUGAGUCGGACAAUCCUCAAGGCGUUAUCCACGAACCGUGGAGAUAUGCCUCCCUUGGAAGCAUUUCCCAAGUCACAGCGGGUGACAUUUAAGUAUUACGAAGGCGUGCUCUUCUUCUUGGAAGAGAACUAUGUCGAGGCCGAAAAGCACCUCACUGAGGCAUGGUCAUUGUGUCACAAGAAUGCGAAGAGCAACCAAGACAGCAAACUCCUCGAGCCUUACCCGCGGCUGCAAAAGCUCUUCCUCCCACUGUCGCAAUGCAUCCGCAAGGGCGAUUUGCGCAACUUUGACUUGGCUCUACAAGAAGGCGAAGAGGAGUUCGUCCGCCGCAGAAUCUACCUUACGUUGGAGCGCGGUCGCGAUAUUGCCCUGCGCAACCUUUUACGCAAAGUCUUUGUCGCCGGCGGCUUCGAGGAGGCGAAGGAAGCGGGCACCGCUCCCGUCCGUCGGACCAGAGUCCCAGUCGCCGAGUUCACAGCUGCCAUUAGCCUCGGUAGCCAGGAGACUGUUGACCCGGACGAGGUUGAGUGCCUGCUGGCAAACAUGAUUUACAAAAACCUCAUGAAGGGCUACAUCGCCCGCGAGCGCGGCAUCGUCGUCCUCUCCAAGAACGGGGCGUUCCCCGGAACAGGGGUUUAG